UAAAUACCUACCAGGUGAACAGGAGGGAGCUGCAGAACUGCAGAGAACAAAGACUGCACCAGCUGUAAACAGACUGACAGUAAAUGCUGUGGAACUGGAAGCUCUCAGAAAGUCUGUGGAGGACUUUUUCUGCUUUUGCUAUGGUAAAGCUUUAGGGAAGUCAACAGUGGUGCCUGUGCCAUAUGAGAAGAUUCAGAGGGACCAGUCUGCUGUGGUAGUGCAGGGCCUGCCUGAAGGACUUGCUUUUAAACAUCCAGCCAACUACGACAUCUCAACCCUAAAAUGGAUUCUGGAAAACAAAUCAGGGAUCUCAUUUAUCAUCAAAAGGCCUUUCCUGGAGCCAAAGAAACACCUAGGAGCUCAUAUGACGGAUCCUUCUCAUUCAGUUGUACCUCCAGGUGGAAGUUGUCCUCCUAUUCAAGUGAAAACCGAACCAAACGAGGAUUCUGGGAUUUCUUUGGAAAUGACAACAGUGACUGUGAAGGAGGAGUCAGAUGAUCCUGACUACUAUCAAUAUAAUAUUCCUGCAGGCCCUUCGGAAACGUCAGAGAUGGAUGGGAAACUUGCUCUUGCAAAAAGUUACACAGAUUCCUCCCAGCAUACCCCUACAGAGACAAGUGAGGAUCCUGAGGUCGAGGUCACCAUCGAAGAUGAUGAUGACUACUUGCCCCCUAACAAGAGACUGAAGAACACUGAGUCAGCUAAUGAAGCUGCCAAUACUGGGAGAAGAAAAGUGAGAGAGUUCAAUUUUGAGAAAUGGAAUGCACGAAUUACAGACCUGAGAAAGCAAGUUGAAGAACUCUUUGAAAAAAAAUAUG